CAUGAAAAAAAACGAAUCGGUUUGUAGAAACUCUGAAGAACGAGAAAUUCGAAAAAGAACAUCGAGAAGUCAAGAAGCAGGGUCUAGAAAAAAUUCUCAUAGAGUGUCAAAGUCAUCUGGAUCAAAAAGUCGAGUUAGAAAAACAAACCAGACUGUUCAAGACGAUACAGUCAAGAAGGAAAAUUCAAAAAUACAUUCGCCCCCAAAAUCUCAAGUUGAAGAGAAAAAACAAGAGGAGAAAAAGGAAGAAGCGGUUAAAAACGGAGAAGAGGAUAAAAAAGGAGAGGAGUCUACUUUAAAAAGGUCUGAACCUUUUAUUGCAAUACAAAAGCACAUAUUUGCCGAUGUAUUCCGUCACAGAAGUAGCCCCGAAGUUAAAGACGAAGUUUUACUAUCUUCUUGUCCGUUCGAUAAAAGUGAGAAUGAACCUCAACGUAAAAUUAUACCUUGGGAGAAAUAUAAACCGCCACAGAAUCUCUUACCUUUUUUUAUCUGUCAUAAAUUUACUCAGCUGGAACAAGCUAUUCUGGAUUUAGAUGAAUUAUGGUUCAGGUCUCACGAAAGUAUUGCCAUGUCUACUGGGAAAAGUUUUAAAACUGUUGAAAGUGAACUGUAUCAAAUGAUGGAUCAAGAUUCUGUUUUAAACCUAUUAAUCGAGCAAAAGAAAUUGGAAGAUAACUCUAGAAAGAAGGAAUUUGAAUUUCAGACGGCAAUAAAGGGACUUCAUGACAUUAAGCAGCAGUUAAAAGUAAUGGAUCAACUUAAUAAUGAUAGAAAACCUAUGUCAACCGUUGCAAGUAUAAUUCUAGAUAGAAAAUCAACAUCUGUAAUGUCCUCAAAAUGGAUGAUGGAGGAUGCAAAAUCUUCGGCAUCUGCCCUGAUUAAAAAAUAUGCUCCUAAGCAGGAAAAAUCAAUGCAAGAAUCGAAAGUCUCUAUAAAAAAAGCAUCAACCGAAAGCGUAAAGAUAAUUGGUAGACAAUGGUCGAUCGCUAAGAAUAACAGAAUGCCAAAGGAAGAGAGAAAAGAUAAAUCCUCUUUAAUGAUAGAGGAACUUAAUAAGAUUAAAAAGCAAAAUGAAAUGGAAGCUAAUAUGCCAAUUGCUGAUUUUUUUAUUAAUCCACCGCCUUUUCAACCAGAGAUGUCCCAUUCUGAUCAGAUAAAUGCUCUUCAUGAUGAAUACAUACAACAGUGGCACGAAUAUGUUACAAAUGAUAGACAAGAUUCUAAACGAACUUUUAAACUCCCUAGAAUAAAAUUCUUGCUAGAUCCGAUAAGCUAUAUGAACAAUCCAAAUACGGGUAGACAAAUACUAUUAGGAAUCUCAAGAAGAUCUGUACUUAUGGCCGCAACUUGUCAAAUAAAUUCUAAUAUUUACUUGCAUUCUAAUUUGUUAGUUCGAAAAGGUACAAUGGAAAACUGGCAAGAUUUGACUAACAAAAAUGUCCAAAGUGUGAUAGUAACUGUGAAGCUCUAUAAGAAAUCUGUCCGAGAAUCUACUAUAUUCGAUCUAAUACGAGAGGCUCAAAUUUUGGAUUAUGUUGGACAAAGAACUUCAGCUGUUCCAAAAUUUAUUGGACUUCUAAAAGUGGCAGAGUCUGAACAAUACCUUCCUUUUGCUAUUGCUACAGUAUUAUUUGGAGAUGCUGACGAUCUAGGAACAAUAUCUCUAGAAAAGUUGCUAUUAACAGAAAUAUCACGGAGAAAGGAGGGGCAAGAAGUCAUUUUAGAGAAUUGGAGGUAUUACCCGGACAAAGGAUGGACGGCUCCUAAGAUAAGCAAUUUUGGACGAGCCUACAUCCUUGACGGAUUUUCAGACAAAUCGUCUAAAGGUCUCAAAGGGAUGGCCGAGAAAAGCUCAUUUAGACAGUAUUCCAUGUCCUUUGAAUCAGAUAUCUUUCAAUUGGGUUAUAUUAUAAAACAAGUUGAUCUCUCUCUUAAUUUGGGAUUGGACGGUAUUGUACGAUUUUGUCAAUCUACUACAAGCAACGAUCUAUUUUGGUCGACAUGCGAUAUUGCGGAUGCACUGGAAGGAGCAAUGGCUGAAAUGCAAGCAUUAGCAACAUCAAAGGGGACUAAUAGAAAAAGCUCAAUGCUUAAAUUCGAUCUAUUUCAAACAGUUUGUCCCUGUCUUAACUAUUGA